CCGCUGCAGCAUCACGUCGGGGAUCCGCAUCGGCUCUGAGCGCCUUGGCACCCGCUGCUGCAACAAUGAAUCCGUGCCGUCCAGUCCCCUGCGUGGCCGUCCUGCUGGUCUGCUUGCUGCUAGCCGGGAGCGCUUCGCACAGCCAGGCUGCUCCUAUGACCGGUGAGCUACGGUGCCAAUGCAUCCAAACGGUCUCCCGUGCGAUUCCACGCAAGCAAAUUGCUUCCGUCAUCCUCCUGCCCGAGGGACCUCACUGCGUCGUUCCUGAAGUCAUAGCCACCCUGAACAACGGGAGGAAAGUCUGCCUGGACCCCCAAGCGCCGUGGGUCAAGCUGAUCGUCAACAAGAUUAUCGCAACGCCCUAACACGACAAGCUGCGAAAAAUGCUUUGGGCAUGGGUAUGGAGCAGUUGUGGAAAGCCCUCUGGUUAGAGAAGCUGGAUGCAAAGUCUACUGCCGAGCACCUUAAGAACUGAACCACUUUACAACUAUCCACUCGUAUUUAUUAUCGAAACUGAUUUGAAUGUAUUUAUUGCUACCUGUAGCUAUAUCCGGACACCUGAUGGAUUCAGCACGCUAGAUGCCACUGUUAUGUAUUCUGUGAAGCCAAAUGAAUGUGCACUGC